UGGUGGCCGCGGGGCGCUGCGCUCGCCUGGGUGCCCCCCCUUCGCUGCGCCCCCCGCGCCGCCGAGGGCCCCGCGCGCAGGACUGGAACUAUGGGGUCGGAAAACCCGAGCCCGCAGAACCCUGGCUGCAAGAUCAUGACCUUCCGUCCCUCCCUGGAGGAGUUCCGCGACUUCGGGAGGUUCAUCGCCUACAUGGAGUCCCAGGGAGCCCACCGGGCUGGGCUGGCCAAGGUGAUCCCCCCCAAGGAGUGGAAGCCGCGGCGGACGUACGAUGACAUCGAUGACAUGGUGAUCCCAGCUCCCAUCCAGCAGGUGGUCACGGGCCAGUCGGGGCUCUUCACCCAGUACAACAUCCAGAAGAAGCCCAUGACCGUGGGCGAGUACCGGCGCCUGGCCAACAGCGAGAAGUACUGCACCCCUCGCCACCAGGACUUUGAGGACCUGGAGCGCAAGUACUGGAAGAACCUCACCUUUGUGUCUCCCAUUUAUGGGGCUGACAUCAGUGGCUCCCUGUAUGAUGCAGACGUGGAUGAGUGGAACAUUGGCAAUUUGAACACCCUCCUGGACAUGGUGGAACACGAGUGUGGCAUCAUCAUCGAGGGUGUGAACACUCCCUACCUCUACUUCGGCAUGUGGAAGACAACUUUUGCUUGGCAUACAGAGGACAUGGAUCUCUACAGCAUCAACUAUUUGCAUUUUGGGGAGCCCAAAUCCUGGUAUGCCAUUCCCCCGGAGCACGGCAAGAGGCUGGAACGCCUGGCCAAAGGAUUUUUCCCAGGAAGCUCUCAGGGAUGUGAUGCUUUCCUCCGGCACAAGAUGACCCUCAUUUCUCCCUCCAUCCUGAAGAAGUACGGCAUUCCCUUUGACAGGAUCACCCAGGAAGCUGGGGAGUUUAUGAUCACAUUUCCUUAUGGUUACCACGCUGGCUUCAAUCACGGCUUCAACUGCGCCGAGUCCACCAACUUCGCCACGCUGCGCUGGAUCGACUACGGCAAGAUGGCAACACAGUGCACGUGCCGCAAGGACAUGGUGAAGAUCUCCAUGGACGUGUUCGUGCGGGUGCUGCAGCCCGAGCGCUACGACCUCUGGAAGCAGGGCAAGGACAUCGCUGUCCUGGACCACAUGAAGCCCACGGCCCUCAGCAGCCCCGAGCUCGACGCCUGGAACGAGACCAAGGCAGAUCUGAAGGCGAAACUGCUCCGCAGGAUAGGAGAUGAGGAAGAGGACAACAAACACCGGUCUCACAGAAAAAGGAGUCAACCCAGAAGACACAAAACAGAGGAUCAGAAGUCUCUUGGGGAUGUCAUGGCUAUUGAAACUGCCUUGGAAGAUGUGAAAGUGAAAGAGGAGCUGAAAAGGGGGCCGGAUCUGGAGGAAGAGGAGAGAAGCAAAGGGAUGGAGGGAGAAGGUGAGGCCAGGCCGGUGAGGAGCUGGGGCGAGCUCUAGAGCACCUCUGUGAAUAACUUGUCUGCUGCUGUUUAUUUCUGUUGAAAUAUCAGCAGAGUUUUCCCCAAUAUUAAAUCUCUGUUCACUGAAAUAUGUCAUCAUUCACAGCAGCAAUUGAUUUUUUCCUCUCUUUAAGGAUUCAAUCCAAAUAGCUUUUUUGGCAGGGCUUGAAAAUUCUAUAGGCCCAAACUAUUACAGGAUUGUAAAAACAUAUAUUAUGUGAGGAAUAUUUUGAAUUAUUUCAUAGAGAAACAAAUAAA